UUAGUCGCUCUUGUUGAAACCUGUAUUCACUGACGAGAUGAGGGACAAAGCAAAAGGAUCGAUCAGUUUAAGGAUGGUAAACUUCUGGUGCCGACUGUGGCACUUGGCACUAUUGCUGUGUCUCAAAGGACUCCUACAAUGUGAUCUGUGCAGCGGUCAGAUUCAGGUCCACAUACAGAAAGGUCCUCUGUACAGAGUGAAAGGAUAUCCCAUCUCCAUAUCCUGUAAUGUAACAGGGUUUACAGGCCCAUCUAACCGGGAUUUUCAAUUCAUUGUCAAGAAACCAAACAUGGAUGUAAAUAUGAUCAGUACUAGCGACCCAGAGUUUGCUUACGGAAUGUUCUCCAGUAGGGUAAAAAAUAAGGAGAUUAAUACUGAAAGGCUGUCAGGAUCUUCAGUUCUCUUGAAGAUCGACAAUUUACUGGAGGAGGAUGCGGGUGAUUUGUUCUGUGAGACUCUACACACAGGUGGUGCAUAUUUAGGAGAUUAUGCUGCAGUAACAAAGCUCAAUGUGAUCGCAGACACCCUGGAGGCAUCAUACUCUGGCUCACCCUCUCAGAGCUUGUCUGAAGGUGAUCCACUUCAGCUUGAGUGUCAAGUCUUCAGUCAGACUUUUCAACAUACUCAUCUGUCGGUCACCUGGUUUCUCCAUGGUGAAGAGGAUAAAACCCCCCGGCCAAUCAUUACUCUGGACAAAGAUCUGACUGUAAAGACAGGAGCUGGAUUUGAGGAUCGCUAUCGUGCAGGUCUUAUCAGCAUGGAUAAGGUGGAGGACACAACCUACAGACUGAAGAUGCCUCAAGUGCAGCAGUCAGACCAGGGGAAGUUCUACUGCAAAGCCAUUGAGUGGAUCCAAGACCCAGACCGUUCCUGGACUCAGAUUGCCCACAAAACCACCACAGCAUGUAAUGUGGAGAUUAAACCAAUCGUGGCCCCUGAUGGAGGUUCAUUCAGUGUUUAUUUGAAGGCUUUAAAGGGGCCACUACAGGAAGGAAACCCAUUGGACAUCCGUUGCAGUGUGAAUGCACGAAACCUUCCAGGUCAUUUCUUCUCUGUGACUUGGCUGAAGAACCAGCAGAAAGUGGCCCAGAUUGGAUCUUCUGGGGUGCUCACCAUAUUUGACAGUUACAAAGAGAGAGAGAAUGCAGCAGAGAUGAGAGCAGUGAAAACUAGUCACACAGACUACCUGCUGACCAUCCGUUCGGCUCGAACUGAGGACCAGGGCCAGUACCAGUGUGAAGUAUGGCAGGAAGACAUGAAUGAAGAUGGCACCUUCAAAAAAAUACAAAAGCAAAUGUCCAGUCUAGAGACUGUGAGCAUCACGGCUAAAGAGAGUGAUCUGGCGGUGGUCAUGGUUAUGAAUGAUGCAUUAACUGAGGGAGAUCCACUACGGGUCACCUGCGUGGUAUCAGGAUUCAAAGGUCCUUUAUCAGUGUCAUGGCAACACAAGAAAGGAGUUUCCUUCAGUGAUGUAAUUAGUCUGACCCAUGAGGGAGUGAUGAAAGAUAUUGGGGCAAGGUAUCAGAGCAGACAUGUUCAAACACUUCAUUCUCCAGCUGGAAACUUUACUCUGGAGAUUGGUGCAUCUGCAACAUCUGACAGCGGUGAAUAUAAGUGCACUGUGUCUGAAUGGACAGUACAGAGCAAUGGCGAGAUGAAGAAAGCCAACACCCGAUCUCAACAAAAAGCCAUUACAGUUAAUUCAGUUGACUCUCUAAUGAAGGUGACCUUGAAAAGUCGUACAACAAAUGUGUCUAUAGAUUCUCCUAUACAACUACUUUGCACAGUCAAAGGGCCUGAAGUGUCUUUGGCUGUACGCUGGAUGUUUCAGCCCCGCAAUUCAACUGUUCAAACAAACAUUGUAUCUAUAUACCACACUGGAGAAAUCACCUGGGGAGCAGCUCGGAGAAACUAUCAACUGUCCAUUCAAGUACUGCCGUCAGACACCCGUUUCAUUCUCAUUGUGCCGAGAGCCAGCAAGCAGCAAGAAGGACAGUACCAGUGUCAAGUUGAUGCCUAUCAAAAGGAUAUACAGAAAGCCUUGAGGAACUCCAACCCAUUGGCAGUGACUGUACAUAAACCUGUCAGCAAGAUGCACCUGUCCCCACCCACCUCUUUGCUGGAAACCACCGUCGACACUGAUGCUAAGAUUGACUGCUCAGUCACGACAACAACCACAAAUACCUCUCGUUUCACAAUAAGAUGGAUGAUUGGGUCCCAGAUGCUGUUAACAAUGGAUCUAGAUGCUGUUGUCAAGUUUGGCCCUGCAGCCAGCCUAGAGAUGGACCAGAGGAUUCGUAUGGAAAUAAGACAGAAACAAACCUUCCAGCUGACUAUCCACCAGGUCAGAACAUCUGACAGUGGGCAAUAUCAUUGUGAGGUGGAAGAAUGGCUUCAGGAUCCUCUUGGCGACUGGUAUUCCCUAAAGAAAAUGUCUGUUUCCACACAGCUUGUUGUCAAAGAGAAAGAAAUUAAACUGCAUGUUCAGAAGGAGAACCGAACGUUCAACAUUACUGAUCAUCAGACUGAAUUCACAGUUGACUGCAUUAUUGACUCACAAUCCAGUGAUAAGUCUGCCUUUGAAGUCACCUGGUUCAAGGUUCAGGAGGAAGAAGGACCAGUCACCAUAUUCACUGCCAGGCGUGAUGGUACAUUACACAGUGCAGUUAGCGAUAAAAAUCUUUUGUUCGGACGACCACGUGCCACACACUAUAAACUGACUGUGCCACAGAUCAACCCCACUGAUAUGGGACAAUACUACUGUCAGGUUGAGGAAUGGCUUGUACUUGCUAACACCUGGAAGAAACUGGCUUCAGAUAAAUCUGGAGAGCUCUCCAUCUAUGUUCACACUGAAGGUGAUUCUGGAAAACUGAUAGACCCGCUGGGAAUAACACUGGGAAUCAGUAUUCUUCUGAUUUGUUUUCUUGUAUUGAUCAUAAUAAUAUUGUUAUUGAGAAGGGGCCGUAAGAAAAAAUCGGACCCAAAGAAGACGAAAGACUGUCUGUGGGCUGAACAAAAAGCCCUCCGUUCUAUUCCUAAUUGUGAUUAGAUGGUCGUUUUAAAAUGCUCAUAAUCAGAUUACAGUUGCUUUAUUAGCAAUUAUAAGAUUACGUGAACUGUCGUUCAAAAGUUUGGGUCAUCAGUAAUGUUUUCUAAAGUGUCUCAUGCUCAUUAAAGCUGUGUUUAUUUGAUCAAACAGCAAUUUUAUGAAAAAUAAGUACAAUUUUUAAAAAUUAUUUUUUAUUUAAAUAUACAUUAAAACUGAUUCCUGUCAUCAACGCAGAAUUUUCAUCAGCCAUUACUCCAGUCUUCAGUGUCACAUGAUCCUUUGGAAAUCAUUCUAAUAUAUUGAUUUAUUAUCAAUGGUGAAAACAGUUUUUGCUAUUUUGUAUAAAUGCUGUACUAUUUUGAAUAAAUGCUGUUCUUUUUGACAAUUUUAUUUAUCUAACAAUCCUAAAAGUUUUCAAAAAAUAUUAAGCAGCACAACUGUUUCCAACAUUGAUAGUAAGUGAGUAUCAAAUCAGCAUAUUAGAAUGAUUUCUGAAGGAUCAGGUAGCAUUGAAUGCUGGAGUAAUUAUCACAGGAAUAAAUUAUAUUUUAAAGUAUUUUAAAAUAGAAAACUGUUACAUGAAAUUGUAAUAAUAUUUCACAAUACUACAGUUUUCCCCUGUAUAUUUGAUUAAAUAAAUUCAGAUUUGGUGAGCAAAGGGGUAUUUAAAAAAAAAAAAAAAAAAAAAAAAAAAAAACAUUUAAAA